GAAAGUACACAGUCAUAGCCACACAAUGGAAAAUAUGCGCUACACAAUAGCAUUCCAAGCUAAACAAUAGCAUUCCUGAACCCAACAAAAGACAUUCCAUCUCCCAAACAAUAGCAUAACUGUGGAGCAGUGUGGAGUCGUGUGGAGCAGUGUGGAGUUGUGUGGAGCAGUGUGGAGCAGAUGCUUGCUCCACACUUCAACAAUGGAAAUACUUUGCAUAACUGUGGAGGUAGUAUGCUGUCAUGACACAAUAACAUUCCUUUCCAGUAUACAUUCUACAUUUAAAUCCAGGUAUUCCAUCCCAAACAUGGACAUUGUUAACCAAUCAAAUGGUAGGAGUUUUACUCCAUGUCCAAUGAGACAACUCACGUUGUACACAAUCCCAUGUUGCACCUUCAACUUAAAAGUUAUUUCAUAAUCACUUUCCCUGUCACUAUCAACCAGACAAGAUUGAGAAAAGCAUCUGUGCGCAUAAUCAGUAUGGCUCAGAAGAUUCCAAAUCUGGACUUUUCAACAGAUCAGUUACUUACUACUGUGUUUCAAGAAGUGAAGGACAUCAUGAAUGAUCAAGUACAUUUGCAUGAAACCAUGAUGAGAACAAGUGUCUUGUACAAAUCAACUUACACUCACAUGACAGAGAAGAUGAAAACUUUACAAGAGAAGCUUCCCUUAGUAUCCCCUGCUCUUCUGAAUUUGAUGAUGGAUUAUACAAAACUUGUCACUGCUUCAACCGAUGCUAAACCUUCUGACAGUUCUCUUCCUAAAGCUAAGAAAAGUGGAAAAGUGAAGAAACAACACACUACCAAAGAAUCGAUACAUUCGAAUCCAAAGAAGGCUACACAGAAGCAGAGGAGACAAAAAGAGAAAUCAACUCCUGCUGCAUCAAUCAAUUUUCCACCAAAUGUGGAUGAUGUAAAUACUCCUCCCAACAAUUUAAUGUCAACUCAGUCAACUUCACCACUUAUGGCAGAAUCCAUAACACUUCCUUCGCUGGAUGGCUGGAAUCCAAAUGUGUUUUACUUUGAUGGUAAAUGGUUAGACAACUCUUUGUUAAAUGACCCAUUCGAACAAGAAAAACUGACACCUCUUCAAAAAGGUUGUAGCAUAUGUCUCCACAAUAAUAUGUUGAGACAUAUGAGUUGUAAUAGUGGACAGGUUCAGUGUCAUGUGUGUUGUAUGGAUCUUAUGAACUGUCUGUGUUAUCAUGAUCCUGAGGGGAUGAUGGAAGACAUGGUAACACAAGACUUUGAGGGACAUAUCCUUACUGUUUGAAUUCUAAUCAUUGUCAUUUCAAUAGUGGUUAGAACAGACAUCAUCUCUGUGUAUAUUAGAAAAUAUUGAACAUUAGAAGAGGUACAUGGGUUGAGAAUAGAGUACAUGACUAAGAACUUAUUAUGGAAUAACCGUCUGUAACCUCAUAAGUGUAAAGCCAGUGUCAUUGCACACACAAUAGAGAGCAUAUUAAUAAUGACUUUGCUCCUUUCCCAGGAUUGGAUUUCUCAAUUUUAGAAGUUUAUGAAAGUUGGUGUGAUGAACCACCUCAUGAUUGUUCAAUGUGAAACAGUGUGCACAAGCAACUCUUAAAACAUGUAUCAUAUCAUUAUGUAUGUAUAUAUGUUACAAAUAAAUCAGUGGAAAAUGUAUGUUGUCAUGGUAUAUAUUGAUUGGAAAACAUGUUUUGUUUUAAUUCAUCAUGAGUUCUCGUAAGAGCAAGAGCAGUAAGCAAGAGAAAGCAUUAGAAAAGUAUUAUUUUAAUGCUCAAAAUCCAGGGGCAUAUUUUGGUCCAUCAAAAUUACGUGAUGAAUUGAAGAAAAACAAGCAACACAAAAUCAAGUUGAGGAAGGUGAAACGAUUUGUAAAUAAUCAAGAUGCUUAUACUUUACAUAAACCAGUUAAGCAUAAGUUCAAGAGAUUGAAAGUGAGAGUUAAUUCCAUCAAUGAAAUGUUUGAUGUGGAUCUUACAGAUCUCUCACGAUUUAGCAAAGAGAAUGAUGGGAUAAGAUAUUUGCUGGUGGCUAUUGAUAUCUUAAGUAGAUAUGCUUUUGUUCUACCUUUAACAAAUAAAAAACCUGAAUCAGUGUUCAAAGCUUUCAAGGAAAUACUUAAUACUAGUCAACCAAAGAAGGUGCGUACAGAUGAUGGAUCGGAAUUCAAAGCAGAAUUUCACUCAUUCUUAAAGAGGAAAAACAUAACUCAUACCAUUGCACACAAUGAAAACAUUAAAAGUAAUUAUGUGGAACGUUUCAACAGAACCCUGAAAUCUUUGAUCACACGAUACAUGACUCAUAACAACACCAAACGCUAUCUAGAUGUUCUACCUAACCUUGUAAAUAACUACAAUCAUACUCAACAUUCCUCCCUGCCUGAAUUAUCACCUGCACAAGUAAAUAAAACCAAUGAAUUGAAAGUUUGGCAACAUCUAUAUGUCAAACCUUUCAUGAAUCAACUGAAAAAUCUUCACUCUAGGAAGAAAUUCAAAUAUAAAGUAGGUGACAUUGUUCGUAUUCCAUAUCUCAAGAGAGCAUUCAGCAAGGAACUUGAUUUGAAGUGGACACAAGAAUUGUUUAAAGUAGCUCAACGAUUUAAGAGACAGGAAAUUCCUCUGUACAAAAUCAAAGAUUUUCAUGAUGAAAUAAUCAAAGGUAUUUUUUACACUGGUGAAUUGCAGAAGGUUGAUAAAGAUGAGGAUAUUCAGUGGCAGGUGGAAAAGGUUUUAAAGAAGAAGCGAAUGAAUGGGAAGACUUAUGUUUUGGUUCGGUGGUUAGGUUGGCCUAGUUCCUUUGAUUCUUAUGUGGAGGAAAGCCAGCUGAAAGACAUGUAAUGGAGAAAUUUGUCUUUCUGAAGUCUUCAGACUCCAAAAGUAAAUAUUAUAAAGAGAACACUCC